AAUCAGCCGCCUUUCCCUCUUUUUGCAGAGGGACAGCUUUUUUGCAACUCCCCCUGGCCCCAUGAACAUUGUUUCGGAUUGCUGUUUUUCACAGAACAAGUUUGGCAUUUGCCUGUGUGCAGCUGGCUGGCUCUUGCUGAUAUGGACGAAGAACUAAGUCAUGACCAGAUGCCGUCACAGGAUGGUCCUCCACAGCCCCGGCGAACAGGGAGGUGGGCGGAAAGUAUGAGUGGGCGGGAUAAAGGCAGGAAGCCACGAGAUCAGGAGGAGGAAGAUGAGCGACUGAAGAUUCAUGAUGACUCCGAUGAUGGUCUCCAAGCUGUCCCAGAUCUGGAUGAUGUACAGGAGGAGGAGCUGACUACACAAGUUGCCCUACCACCCAGUGUUACAGUUACUAGAGUGGCCACGUUCAAGCAACUAGACUCUGACCUACACAAGCAUGCUGGACUUUUCACGUUGGAUGGUAUGACUGAUAUGAAGAUACUUACCAAGGGGCUCUUGUCUGAGGCAGAGGUCACAGAGGAAGACAAACCAUGGGAGUGGAACCGACUGCUAGCAGAGAUCUCCUCUGACAUUCAGGAAGUGUGGGAUCGACGGGAGGGGGCCGCGCCAAGAGCGCACGCAGUAAGUCCACCCACCUCCAUCAAAGGAGGAUUGCCAUAGAAGUCUGACUUUCUUACGCUUUAUUUUAUCAACCAUGGACAACCUAUAGUCACUUAUUCCACAAAACAAACGUUAUGUGUACACAUUGAUGUCCUUUUUCGAAUGCAAUACUCCACAUCUCUUAUGUUUUGCAAAUUUUAGGACGUUUGAAAACCAUGUCAUGAUAUCAAUAACAAAUUG